UACAGCCCAACAACAAAUUGUGUUGGGAACUUGAGACUGUUAAGAUUACAGUAGUAGAGAGUCGACAGCUGUCUGACUUUAGAUAUUUUGGUCCUGAAAUGUUUUUACCUAAUGUAAUAUUAUUUUAUGCUAGAAAAUUUAGUAUGGAUCUCAUCGAUUCUCAUUCUUAGCUAACCAAUGUUUCUGGUUCUAUCUAAUAAUUACCCAUCAGGUUUGUUAACUAGAUAGACGUGAGUUGCAAUGAUGAGCAUUCACAAUGCCUCAAGCUUUGUUUUCCUAUGUUUGGCAAACCUAAUCGUUGUGUCUGCUGGUAUGGACUCUUGUGAGAGUGUUGAUGAAUUUCACAGUCAUGGCACUGUUUCAGACAGACAACGUUACACUCAUGUUUUCAAGUCCAACUUAAACAUGAGUGGUGAGAAACACUUGCUGGAUUUGGACCUCUUCAAAGUGUCCUGCAGAAAGCUCAUAGAAGCCUUCCCCCUUGAUCAAGUGUCCGGCAACUUUGUUCGCUCUGUGAAGAACUGCAUUUUUUCAGUGUCUGACCCAACACCACUCAGAGGCCCCCUGAUGCUUGGGGCUGUGUCAAAGGAGGUCAUUGAAGGUCUUUUGGAUCUAGACAUUGCUUUUUCCCAAUCAGAAGAUUUCCUACAGUACUUCAGUGGUGGCAGACUGUUUCCUGGAUCCAUACCUUUGACACACCGAUACGGCGGUCACCAGUUUGGCUACUGGGCAGGUCAAUUAGGGGACGGGCGAGCACAUCUCCUUGGUGAAUAUACUAGCAGAGAGGGUGAAAGAUGGGAGCUUCAGCUCAAAGGCUCAGGAAGGACACCAUAUUCAAGGUCAGGGGAUGGCCGUGCUGUGCUCCGCUCCUCAGUCAGAGAGUUCCUGUGCAGUGAGGCCAUGCACUUCCUGGGUGUUCCCACCAGCAGAGCAGCCAGCUUGAUUGUCAGUGAGGAGCCCGUGUGGAGGGACCAGUUCUACAAUGGUACCGUGAAGAAGGAGCGAGGUAAGGCCUUUGUGUUAUUCCUCCGUGGUCAUUUCCGUCACCCCUCCCUCUCACAGCAUCAGGUACACACAGCACACAUCUCAUCUUCAUCCGCUUAUCCGCCAUCGGGUCGCGGGGGCAGCAGCUCCCGCAGGGGACCCCAAACGUCCGUGCAGUUGUUCUGCGGCUGGCCAAGUCCUGGUUCCGGAUCGGAUCGCUGGAGGUUCUGGCUAAAGCUGGAGAGCAGGAUCUUUUGA